AUGGACUUAUUAACAAAGGCAGAUAUGGUGAAUUGCAAGCCCUGCAGUACUCCAGUUUUAAAAGGUCCAAGAUGUUCAAUUUUAGAUGGAGAAUUUUUAGAGGAUCCUCUCUUUUAUAGAAGUUUGGUGGGAGGAUUACAAUAUGUUACUAUGACAAGACCUGACAUAGCAUUUGCUGUCAGUUAUGUGUCCCAAUUUAUGCAUCAACCUACAACAGUACAUCUACAACUUUUCAAGAGAAUUCUUAGGUAUUUUAAGGGUAGUCUUGGUUCAGGUAUUACUUUGGGCUCCUCUGAUCUUAAUUCUCUUACUGCCUACACUGAUUGUGACUGGGCUGGUUUCCCUGAUACUAGAAGAAGCACUGCAGGAUAUUGUGUGUUUCUUGGUUCUUCUUUAUUGUCUUGGACUUCAAAGAAACAACCAACUGUUUCUAGAUCAAGUGCAGAGGCAUAG